AUGCCGACCCCGGUCAGUGUGAUGAACGCCCCGAACACGGCCUCAACAUCAUCGACCACCAUCAACACAUCGCCUGCGGCUACCGCUACGGCUACGGCAUCCACCCCCGAUCCUGUCCCUCCCACUGCCACCAGCAGUACCCACCGGCCCGGCCUCCCCUCCGGCCAGCAUCCUGCCCCCGCCGCUGAUUCUCCAGCUGAUUCCCACGCCUCGCCCGACGAUGGCGGUGCUGUCGCCCCGAAGACCAGAGGACCAGAAAGCGGAAAGGCGCUGGCCAAGAAACGCGCCAAUGACCGAGAAGCUCAGAGAGCCAUUCGCGAACGAACCAAGCAUACGAUCGAGAACCUGGAGAAGAAGAUCCAGGACUUGACCUCUCAACAGCCGUACCAGGAGCUUCAGGCCGUACUCAGGGAGAAGGAAGCGGUCGAGCAAGAGCUUGCAGAUGUCAGGAACCGAAUGGCGUCUAUCAUGUCCAUAAUCCAGCCUGUACUCGGGUCACAACAAGGCGUCUAUGCUUCACCUGGCCCUUCCUUCUUGCCCAACCAGCCCGGGCCUCCUGCCGGCAUACCUGCCAGCACAGGUGCUGCCUCGACACCACCUAGCACAGCUUCGCCGAACUCGGCUGCUCCUUCCUGGCAACAGCCUACUAUGCAGAGCGCCGGAUCCUCGACGCAGACGAGUCCAAAUUUUGAUCAAGCAAGAAUGAUCAGUCAGCAGCGUCAUAAUUCGCUUCAUGCUCUAGACCUUGGGUCCAACGGCGAACAGCUCAAGCUUAACUUCCUCCUUGAGGGGGCCUCCAUACCAGUCAAUCGUAUGCAAGCUGGCGAUGACGGUGCUCAAGAUACAGCCAACUAUCACCAUAUGCCCAUGAAGCACGAUUGGAGCGGUUUCGCACAAGCGGCCCCCCGCCCGAACAGCUAUGGGCAACACUCGGGCCCUGGAGCUCAGAUCGCCCAACAACAACAACAAUCCAGCUACAUAGCUGACCAGGGCAGCGUGCCGCCGACACAAGGCACUGACUCUUGGUCUGGCUUUUCGGUUCCGGUCAGGAACUGUGGCCCUACUUGUCCCCUUGACAGCUUACUGUUGGACUUCCUGAACGAACGGAGACAACGCGCUGCCGAGGGUGUAUCGGCUCAGGAGCUUGUUGGUCCACGCUAUCCCAGUGUCAGCUCGUUGCUCAAUCCACAGCAGAGUCAGAACUCGCACCCCGUGUCAAAGGUCUUCACGGACAUCCUCCGCGCUUUCCCGGGCAUCAGUAGACUGCCCGAAAAGGUCGCUGUGCUAUAUGUCAUGUUUCUCAUCAUGCGGUGGCAGAUCUUCCCCAGCAAGGAGAACUACGAUCGCCUACCAUCGUGGUGCGUCCCCACGCAGUCACAACUCCAGAUCUUGCACCCUGCUUGGGUCGAUCACCUCCCCUUCCCAGAAAUGCGGGAGAAAAUCGCCAAGGCGUUUCGCUACCCCCCAGCUGCCCAGGUCGAGUUCCCGUUCAAUGAUUUCUUCGUGCCUUUCACGGACACCCUCUCGCUGAACUGGCCGUAUGAGGAGACGGAUGUCCUGAUCGAGACACCUGAUGGCGAAUUGCUGAUCAAUCCCGUCUUCGAGACACACAUGAAGAGGCUGGAGAACUGGACCCUUGGUGAGCAGUUUGCUCAGACGUUCCCGCAAUUGCGCGGCACGUUCAAUCUGAAGAGGAACACGCCUGCGGUCUAG